AUGAAGGCAAGCCUUUAUUGCCGAUCUUUUUAUGAUCAAGUUGUGAUUCGAUUCGAGCUUGCCUUACCUGAUUUUUACGUAAAAGUAACUGUCAGAAUGCAGCUGUUAAAGUUGCUGCCUUUCAUUUCUCAGCUAGCAGCUUUAAUUCUUAAGUAAGUAUGACUGAGAAUGUGCGUUUAUCAUCUUGCACAUGGCGGGGAAUUUAUUUGCUUUAUUCAUAUUUACCUUUUCCUAUUUUUUUUCUUUAAUACAGAGCUACCUGUGAUCCGGUGAACCUUGUCUUUCUGAACAACGGUCAGUCCCUAAAGCUCAACAAACAUCAAGUAAGAUUAUUGCUUUGUUGGUUAGUACUUAUUUUCACCUAGAAUUGCGAGGAUUCUUUUAGUCGCCCGGGAGAUGUUCUAAAAUUUUACGUAGAUGAUACAAGAUACUACAGUUUUCAUCUCGCGGUACGUGAUCUUUUCUUGGUACCAGUCAUCAUUUUCUUAUCUCUGAUCAGUUAUCUUUUUUAUAAAGGGAGAAAAAUUAUAUUAACAUAAAUUGUUAUAUAUAUGCUUCAUUGCAAUUUUGAAUAAUUUUACCAGAAAAGUCAAUAAAGGAAAAUAAAACAAGGUGGGGGAAUUUGUGAAAAUGCCGUAAUAAAUGGACCUCACAGCCGCACUCAUGCUAUGGAUAUCGGGACAAGAACUAGCAAAGCCUAAACGUCAGAACAACAAACUUUCACGGGCUAUGGACCAGUUUCUAAGAAACUUCAGAGAGCAGUAGAUUACCUAGACUAGCGACACAGUUUCCUCGUAAAUGACGUGAGAUGACGUUUUCAUCUGGCUUGCAAAGAUUUCGGAGGUUGAUGUGCAGCUCGUUCUCAAAAACAAAUCUAAUAUAAUAAUAAAACACUGCAGGAUUCUCUCAGUUUUAUUGCACUGCGGUAGUGAGUUGCAAGGUUUUCGGGGGUCUGAAUGAGGGUACCUCUAUAACACUAAAAACUUAAUUUUUUUUGGCUCUGUAACAUGAAGCAGUUUACACUUCGGUAAAUUAAGUAAAUUCUCCAUAAAAUGUUUCCAGAAAAAAAAAAAAACAGGCUUAAAAAGGCCAACAUUAAUACAGAAUCCAUCAGGAUACUGAGUAAUUUUACUGGUGGACAAAAACCUCGUACCAGAAUAAUUUAAAGAAUAUUGCAAUCUUUUUUACAUUUUUCGAGGGCUAUAGAUGUAAUUAGUAUCUGUAAUAACACCAAAGAAAAUUUCUUAAGAGAGCCAGAGAAAAUAAAAGUCAAAUCUCAAAAACGACAUUUACACAUGCAAUUUUCAGAAUUUUACCUGUUUUUUCACAAUUCUUGUGAAAUUUGACAUUUAUUUUCUCGGGCUCUCACGAGAAAUAGUCUUUGGUGUUAUUACAGAGAACUAAUUACUGCUAUAGCCCUUGAGAAAUGCAAAAAAAAAAGCGAUAUUGUUCAAAUUAUUCUGGUACAAGGUUUUUGUCCACUGAAAAUUGAAAUUUCCCAAUUUCCUGGUGGACUCUGUUUUCGACCAUUUCCGACAAUUCCCGAUAAUUUCAUAAGAUUUCCAAAGACUGCAGGCGAUGUGCGAAGACUACCGUAGAUUUCCUAGGAGAAACCCGGAAAUUUAUUUUCGACUUUAUUUUCGUUAUUAAAUAAAGUGAACCUGUUUCUAUGCCUUUGGAAAGCAGAAUCCAUCCCGCCUCUAUAAAAGCUCAAUAGAACUGUGAUCAAAAAACCUAACAAUCGUGCUUUUGCUCACUUUUUUUCCCGAUUCGACAAUUUGUGGCCUGAUUUGGUUGCUUUGUGCUCAAAAAUGGAUUUUCUCAGGAAACGUUUCUUAACAACAUCGAAAAAAGAGACAUGUAACAGCCCUUUGAACACAGGCUCAAAGUUCAACAGCGAUUUUAUUACCUAUUUUCCAAGAGCAGAAAAGAACUGUUAAAAGACACUAUGGAAAAACCCUCCGAACACUUAACAGUAUUUUCUCCGGAAACAGUAAACAUCAAAAAUUGGCCUAUCUAACAGCAAACACUAAUUAAGUUAUGGGCAAAUAACACAUAUCACUAAACCGCACUCGGACCCUCGUUUUUCGACCGACCAUCAACUUUCGCAAAUUUUGUUUCUUCAAUAACAUUUCAGUGCUGACAAUAGUUUUAGAAAUCCCAGUUGUGUCCAACAUCUAUUUUUUUGAACCCAGUACCAAUUGAAAUAUACUGAAUUAAGUCAUAGGGAAAAGUAUUAGGAAAAUCAAAGUUUCUGUGAGUAACAACGCGUAUAGUUAAAUUCUGAGGAUCGUCGAGAAAACAGAUCCCACCGUUGAAUCAACUGACGAAUGCAAUGCCUUAAAAUAAAGUGCCCAUACCUGAACCAAAUGCAGCCUCAACAUUUUUUCGAGAAAUAACCGGCAAUGUGCCAAUAGUGGAUCAAGAAACAGCCAUGCUUCGUUGUAUCAUGGCAAAUUACAAGCAGCCGAUUGUUAUAAAUAACCCAACCCGAAACAAAGGAAAACCAGGCUCUGUUCCUACGAUCGGGGUCAGUCUAUUGUCUUGCUAUAAUCGAACUCCAUCUAUCGUAGAAUGUUCGUGUUGAAGAAGUCACAGCCCCCUGCAACCCUGAAAACAAGGGAUUACUUCGUAUGGCAAACCUGCAUUUGGAGUUCUGUAACGGAAAAUCCUGGGUGCGACUAUCAGAUGUAACAGGUCCAGUAACAGGUCAGUGUAACAACAAUCCAAGUUAAGCUUAACUGGAAGGGGGCAGACAGCAAAUUGUUAUUGCUCGAAAUAUCUAUAUAUCAUCUGCUUUUGGUAUCGUCAAUAAGACACCAUCCUCAUGCGCAUGUAUUUUUUAGGAAAGAGCUGUCUUGAUAUCAAGAAUCGAGGUCAGUCUCGGGGAGAUGGUAUAUACCGGUUGGACCCAGAUGGUGGAACGCAUUCAAACGCGUUCCUAGCUUACUGUGACAUGACGUCAUACAACGGGGGAUGGACCAUGUGUUACACUACUGAUGAAUACGCCAAGCCCAAGACUGAAGUCACGUACAAUUGCAAGCUUUCUUUUGGAACUGACGGGUACAGGACUGACUGCAACAACAUCCCAGUAAGUUUUAUGGCUUCUAAAUGUAUACUGAAACUGCAACAACAGCAACAUUUGCGGCUUAAUAAAGUGUGAGGCUGCAAAAACAAUGAUAAAUUUUAACGUAUUGGUGAUCCAGGGGGGGGGGGGGGGGGGUAUUUGGGUUAAUAUUUACUGGGUAUGUACCGCUGGCCUCUCAGAGCCCUUACCCCAUCGUAGUCGAUCCUUACUUAGUCACUUUCUAUUUUUAUGAAUAGAACCAUUUUUUAGAUUGAAUGAAGAACACUUUACUUUUCAUCUGAGGCACAAACAUUCUGGUACGUUUGACGUCUGACCUGCUCAGAGAUCAAAUCAUUUGAAAGGUCCACGGCUGGAUUACAACUUUAAGAUGCCAACAACAGCAACAACAACAACAAUAAUAAUAAUAAUAAUAAUAAUAAUAAUAAUAAUAAUAAUAAUUCUUAGUGGAUUUGUUUGUAUUUUUGUUAGUUCACUGAAAUCAUCUUCAUUGAUUACCAAAGUGGAAACAAGGCCUACUUCAAACGCAAAGUCAGUCAUCCCAUAACAGCUGCUGGAAACUAUGGAAAAUCUGGAAGUGCCUACGGAUUGUGGACAGGUGUUGGAACUAUGAAUAGUGGCUACGCCUACCAGCUGCUAAUCUGUGAUACUUCUUUCCUCACUGGGUUUUUUGUUUCCGGAUACACUAACUGUUACAAGCAGUGUAACAGCUGGUGUAGUGAUACCAAAUCGCCUUAUUUCCGCACAGCUACUACACAAAGCAGCUAUAAGGGUGUGGCCUUCAAUACCAAUGGUCACCGAUCCGUCAGCACUCGCCUGAUGAGUGUCAGUCUGCGUUAAGAUGUCAGCACUGCCGACUAUUUCGGAUUUAAGUAAAACAGGCUGUG